AUGGAAGGGCCGCGUUGUGCCAAUGGGUCGGUGACACACAAAUACACAGAGAGCAAAACGCAGGGCCCUGUCUUUCAUGACUCCAUGCCUGGCUUCCUCUUCCCUGUUAGCCAGCAGUCUGUGACACUCGCAGAACGAGUCAAAAUCACCCGACAGAGGCAGCCGCGCAUCACAGGAGAUGAAGUGGCUCCAAAUGGAACAGCAUCUGUGCAUGCAAAAUCUGUAACGUUCCCUCCUUAUUCUUUUGCAGACGACGUCCCGCCCUACUUCAAGACGGAGCCGGUGCGCAGCCAGCUCCACCUGGAGCGCAACAGGCUGGUGCUGACCUGCAUGGCGGAGGGAAGCUGGCCACUGGAGUUUAAGUGGAUCCACAACAGCACAGAAUUAACACGCUUUUCGCUGGAGUACAGGUACUUAAUCCCCUCGUUGGAUCGCUCGCACGCCGGCUUCUAUCGCUGCAUUGUGAGGAAUCGGGUGGGGGCCCUUCUGCAGAGGCGCACAGAAGUCCAAGUGGCCUUUAUGGGCAGUUUUGAAGAGGGAGAACGUGCACAAUCGGUCUCCCAGGGAGAGGGUGCUGUUAUUCCAGCACCACGCAUUCGCAGUUUCCCCCAGCCUCAAGUCACCUGGUUCAGGGAUGGACGUAAGAUUCCACCCAGCAGCCGCAUGUAA